AUGAUCUCGUGUGCUGAGCAGCGAAGCCGGCAGGGAGAGGCCGGCAGAGGCCUGGCUCCUGUGGCUCCGGCUUUCUUCCCUCUCUGGCUCCCCCGGGGCUGCUCUGGAAUUCUCUCGGUGCCCGCUGUUGCCAUGCACUCAGCUGGGCCUCCCGGGGCUGAGCCCCCAGAGAGCAGGCAGGAGGGGAAGGAUGCAGAACUGGACCAGAGGAUAAUUGCCCUGCGCAAGAAGAACCAGGCCUUACUCCGCAGGUACCAGGAGAUCCAGGAAGACCGUCGGCAGGCGGAGCAGGGGAGCAUGGCUGUGACCCCGCCGCAGCUCCUGCGACCUGACGGCCUCACGGUCACCAUCAGCCAGGUUCCCGGCGAGAAGCGAGUGGUCAGCAGGCACUGGGCAAGGAGCACCCUCGGACCUGGUGCAGCCAUUGAAGGGCUGGAGGACGAGGAUGAGGAGGAUCACACUGCUUUCUGCUUGGGGGAGUGGGUGGAGCUGGCCGUAACCAUGGAAAACAAAGCUGAGGCCAAGCGGAUGGUAAGUGAAAAAACCACCAGAGCAAGGAACCAGGGGGCAGAUGGGUCACCUGCAGGGGGCUUGGGCCAGAGCCCCCCCAUGCAAGCCAUUAUCUCGGAUUCUGCACGGAAGGGUGGCCGAGAGUCCCGGAGUCCAGGCUGGGUCCCAGGCCCAGCUCCCCGGCGGCCGGCGUGGGGCCCCUCGGAGGUGGGCUGGGACUAUGCCCAGUGGAAGCAGGAGCGGGAGCAGAUUGACCUGGCCCGCCUUGCCCGGCACAGAGAUGCACGGGGCUACAGGACUCCAGCAAGUCCAGGGAAGAGGGUCUGGCCAGGGGGGGGCGGCAGAAGGGGUCCCAGGAGCCAUGGGAAGCUGCAGCCCCCACUAUUGCCCUCUGAUGGAAAAGGUGAUGCCACACAGGGUGGGCACUCUGGCAGACUCUCACAGGCACUGGCCAUGGGCAGCAAAGCCCGGGGGAAGGAGAGACUGACUGGCAGAGCUCGCAGGUGGGAUGCAAAGGAAGACAAGGAGGAGCUGGAGAGACAGGAGGGAAGCCAAAGUGCCGGAAAGACCCCAAAUGAGGAGGAACAGGCACAGAAGCUGGAGCCGGGCAGGCUUGAGAGUGCCCCGGCAACUAGCCCAGCCCUGGCAUCCUCAGAGGAGCAAAGAGGGGUGUCAGAAGCUUCCACAGCCAGUUUGGCUCCUGGCUCUCCACAAAAGACUGACUUGGCUCCCCUUGACCUCUCUCUAGGAGGGGCCAGCAGCCCCGGGCCCAGGGAGGGUAUAUGCAGGUUUAGUCCAAGGCCUGGGCCCCAGGAGAGCCCUGAGUCCUGGCCGGAUGGCUCUGAGCAGCCCCUGGGGUGGAACGACCACCAGACUGAGCCAGAAGCCCAGACUUGUCCUGAGCCACAGAGAGGAGCAGGGCCCCUAGAGCCCAGAGAAGAUAGGUCUGGCAAGGCUGGGGCCCGGCAGGGCUUGGCGCCGAGAAGCAGGCCCCCCAGAGGAACCGGCCAAAGAGCCAGAGGCACAGGGGGUAUGAGGAGCAGGACAGGGGGCCCUAGCCCUGCAGGAAGAUGCUGAAUAAAGUUCCUGGAGCUGGGGAGCCAGGAUGGGGAGAGGAGGAGGGAACUCAGGAGUCUUCUGUUGCCAGUGGCUUGUGCCAGGCUGGCUGAGCAGUUUGGCAAACUCUCCGGCAAAGCGAUGUUGCGAGAGCAAGCUGUCUCCUUCCCUGCAUGUGUCCCUGUGCACAUGUGUGUUUUUGUGUGCAGGCCCAACCCCUGGUAUAUUCCCAGGCUGCCACCUGGUCUCUGAGGUUGGUGAGCCCUGGCAUGGCCUACCACUGCCCGGACCACAAGCUUUCACCGCCAUGGCAUGAGAAAAAGGCUUGGGAACACUCAGCACCUGGGGUUCCUGGCACCCCAUCAUCUGCUGGGGCCUGGGCUCCCUCUUCAGCUGCCAGCUUUGGGCUCUUUGGUCCAGGAAGCUUCAGUGGCUGGCAGGGCAGUCAUGACCUGGGUCCUUUCCCAUGUCCCAGCCUUGCACCUAGUGACUUACAGUCCCAGACGCACAGAAUGGCAGAACCCGGGGAAUCUCAGCAGCCACUUGCCAGCCUCCUGCCUUUCUUGAAGAGGAGGCUGAGGUCCAGAGAAAGGAAGGCCAAACAGCUUGGAGGGAUGGGGUUGGGAAAAGAAAAGUAGAGGUAAGGUCUGCUCUGCAAAAGGAGGGGUCUCUGGAAAGGAGUCUUCUCUGAAAUGGGGUGUGGUGGGGUUGGGGACAACCUCCUCUCACCACAGCGGGAAGGGAAAACUCACCACCAGGAACCCCUUCCAGCUCCCACCUGAGCCCUGAGUGGAAGUAAGGCCCUGGCCACCUUCCACCCAUUCCUACUUCCUUUUCCCUUACCACCUCUCCAACUAUGGCCAUGCAAAACCACAGACUGACAGGGACCUAGUGAGACAGAGAAGCAAUGCCUCCAGCUAAGUGCGACAACAGGACUUGUCUUUCCUACUUAAGUCUCCGUUCCCACCCCUCCCCUGGAGCCCACGUCUGGUGAAUUAUCCAGACUCCGCACAAGCUGUGGCUUCCUCUCAAUUCAACAAACAUUUCCUGAGCACCCACUACGAGUAAUCCAGCCGGUGGGCGAUGGGGACUUUGCCAGCAAGAGGGAGGAAAGAAACCCAGUCAUGCAACAGAUCUAGUCUGAACAGUGGUUGCUGAACAGGCGUUUUGGCUGUGGGUACUCAGCAGUGGUUGGGGGCAGGAUGGUGGUAGGAUCCCAAAGGAAACCAUCUCACCUCAGCUUGGCAAAGGCAGGUGCUCCUCUCUUUCUCGUUUCACAUGCCCUUGUAUGGAUCUUGUCAUGUGGUCCCCUCUGCUUGCCUCCUCUCUGCUGAGGGUCCUGGGCCUCACAUGUCCACCCCCCCACCCCCGCAACGGGAUCGAUGGCAUGUGCAGAUCAUCCCCAGGAUUUCAGUGUGAGGCCUAAACCGUGGGACCCCAGCCAGGAGUUCCUCUCCCCCAGGGCUCACUGCUCUUGGCUCUACCAGGGGAUCAGACUGCUUGAGCAGUGCUUCUCGACUUUAAUGUGCAGACUAAUGUGAAUUCUAUCAGUACAUCUGGGAUGGGCCAGAGACUGCAUUUCUCAUAGGCUCCCAGGUGAUGUCUAUGCUACUGGGUUCCUGGACCAUACUUUUUGAGUAGUAAGAGUAAUGAACCAGAAUUUAUGGAGGGCUGGAGGACAAAUACAGUCAGCUGGUUGCUGACUGUGUAGGGGAUGGGGUGAAGGCUGCCCCUGCAAGGGGCAGGGGAGGGAGAGGGCUUCCUGGCCUCAGAGUUGGGUGUGAUGCUGAGGCUCCUGGGGAAGAAGCUAAAGAGGGCAAUGAAUGGGUGGUGCCAACUUCCUGUAGGAGAGUGAGGAGGCUGGUGGGGAAUGGGAUGGGGUGAAGGGGAGUGGAAGAGGUUGGCAUGACACUGAACAGGAAUUUUGGAAAGGCUUGGGGAUGUUACUAUGCGUGGGGGAAGAAGACCCCUGUGAGAUAUGCCUAGCUCAGGGUGAAAAACUCCAAACUCACGUUUUCCUCUUGCCUUCCAGUCACACAUACAUGGAUUUAGAGGGUGGCACAAGCCCUGGAACCCAUGACUCCCAAAAGAUGGUUCUAGGGUAGAGCAGGUUCAGGCAGAGCCCUUGAAUUUGGAUGUCUCCAAAAACUAUUCUGAUCAACAGUCAGAAUUCUAAGAGUCACUCCAACUACUCCCAAAUCCCCAGUGCUGCUGACUGGAUAGCUGUGCCUUCAUUAAAAGACAUAUGCCAAGGCACAUUUGAUGGGAUGGGGGAUGUAGAAAUUGGGUGGAGCUCUGGUUCAGUCCUCACAACAGGACCUAAGCAGGAGGGAAAGCUGGACAGAAGGGCUAUGGGGAAGCACGGCGUCUCUCCUGAGGGGAAACAUCCAGAAAGACGUUAUAGGAGAAAGGGUGUCAUGGGAGUCACUACAGGUUGGACAGAAUGAAGACUGGAUACAGAGCAUCUUUAUUGUAGGAAGAUAACUGUGGGCAAAUAACACUGAGCUUUUCUCAGCUCUUCUUGGGUACCCUUAAGCAAUAGCGACCCCCAGCUGUCCACCCAGAUUGUGCCCCUACCCACCCCCCAUGGUGGAACCUGCUAUGGAGCAAGAGGGAAGUGUAGUCAGACACCUCCACAAACCUCAGUGUCAUGAAAGUCUGGUUAUCUCUCUUCCUGGUUCCUUUCUUUAAAGGUCUGGCUGGGAGUCUUUCUUUCAGAUGCCCUUCCCUCCAACCAACAGACAAGACUACUCAUUAAAGCUUACGGGAAGUUGUUCCUUUGAUUAGGCUAUCAGAAACCCAGGCACAGAGCUAGGGAAAGAAGGGCAAACAAGUACAGUAUAGUGAGGGUCCAGCAGAGAGAUGACAGCUUUACCUAAGGUCUUGAAAUGAGGAGGGCAAAAGAGGCAGAAGGUGUCUGCAUCCUGGGCCCAUCUCACUGGACAGAAGGGAAAUGCAGUAGACCAGAUUUCAAGGGAGGAGUGUUUUUUGAUGACAGGAAGCAUGGUGGAGUGGAACAAGCAGAGGCAUUGGAGUCUGGCAGAUUGAAUCGGAUACCCAGGUCUGCCAUCUGCUAGCUGGGUAACCUCGGUCAAUUUUAACCUCUAUAAGCCUCAGUUUCUUUAUCUGCACAACAGAAUUAAUAAUACCUACCCUGAAGGGUUGUUGGGAAAAGUAGAGAUAAAACUAGGCAAAAUAUACCCAGCCUGCAGCAGGCACUCUAAUAACAGCAGCCUGGCACAAAAAGGGCACUCAGUAAAUAUUUGUUGAAUAAAUGAAGUAGCUUCUCA